CUUAACCACUUAUAGAUAUUUACAAAGCUGUCAGUUGCUGAAGAGAAAGGUCACCCAGCUAUCAUGUCAGUCACUAAAUUAGCUAAGCCCGUGACGGCUGUCGGUCUUGCGGUGAAAGGCAAUCCGCUGAAAGAUGGCGUGUUUGAAGAAACUGAGUACACUAUCGAAGAGUUAGACCCCGGAUUUGUUCUCAUCAAAAUCAUGGCGACAUCAAUCUGUCACACGGAUUUCAGCGUCUUCGGGAAAGAUGGGUCUAUCCCUGGGCAUGAGAUGGCUGGUGUUGUUGAAGCGGUCGCUGACGAUGUUACAGAUGUCAAGAUAGGCCAAAGGGUUGCGGUGGGGUGGCAGCGAAACAGCUGUCGUGACUGCGAGUUUUGUAACGAGCGCGAGGAGAACAUGUGCGGCAAAGCGACAAGCUUCCGCCAUGGCAGGGGUGGGUGGGCUACGCAUGUGGUGUGGCACCAGCACUUCGUUGCACCAGUCCCUGACGGCAUUGAGGACUCAGCCGUCGCCCCACUCAUGUGUGCGGGAGCAACAGUAUACAACGCCUUCAAGCAGAACGACGUCAAGAAAGGCGACAAGGUGGCAGUUGUGAGUAUCGGCGGCCUAGGACAUCUGGCGCUGAUGAUCGCUCAUGAGAUGGGAUGUGAAGUCACUGCAAUAUCCCGAGGCACGGACAAGAAGGAGGAGAGUCACAAGUUCGGAGCGGACAAAUACAUCAACUCCAAAGACGCCGCGCAAAUCAAGGAAGCAGAGAAGAGAUUCAACUUCAUGCUGGUCACCACCCCAGCGGAUUUGGACUGGGAUAGCUACUCUACCAUGAUCCGUUCGGUUAGGGGCACCAUGUGUAUUGUGGGCAUACCACCGUCGUACAAGUACACAUUCGGACUGGGGCCCAUCAUCGGCACGAACAUCAAGAUCACCGGGAGUCUCGUGGCAUCGCCGGAGACGACCAGAGAAAUGUUAGAGUUCUGUGCGGAGCACAAGGUACGGCCGGUGAUCGAAGAGUUUGCCUUCGAUGCCAACUCCUGCCUCAAGGCCGUUAAGAAGGUCGAGGACAACCACAUCCGAUUCAGAGCUGUUUUAAAGCCCUAG